UCAGAUCUAUGACUAUCAGCAGGUGUGUUCAGCGUGAGAGCUGGUUUACUUUCUGUGCCAGUUGAUCUCAGGUGACACACUAGAGGGUUAUUAUGGCUUGUUACACUCUCUGGAGACUGUGGUGUGUGUGCGUGUGUGUGUGUGUGUGUGAGAGAGAGAGAGAGAGAGAGACUGUGGGCAGUGUGCAAAGUACUGUCCGUCUUUUUGAGUGUCUGCAUCUUUUUCCUGUAGGUGAGUUGUCAUUAUUCUGCUUAAUAGAGGUCCACCUCACCUUAAUGCUUUGAAGUGAUUCUCUUUAAUUUUUUAAGAUUCAUUAACGACCAUGUUCAAUUAAUUGCUUGACUUUUUAUUUGUUAGUGAAGUUAAGCAAAAAAUGUUAUAAAUAAUCUAAAAUUUGUUGAAACAUUUUUUUGGCUUAACUUCACUAAAGAAUUAAUAAAUAAUUCAAUAAAAAAUUUCAUUUAGAUCCAAAACCAGCACUUUCUUGGACUGUGUAAAGUGAAGUCUAGUGUCUAUUAAUAAAUAGCAACAAUAAUGAGAAAUAACUGAUUAAAAUGUGUAUAGUAGUAGUAGUAGUAGUAGUAGUAGUAGUAUAUUAACACAGUAGUCCACAUGAACACAGGAUGGUGAUGUUGCCCAAAAGCAAAGACUAAAUUCUUAUUAGCAUACACUAUUAGCUUCCACCGUCUUUCUAAUACUGUAUAUUUGAUUUGAAAACAUCUUUAAGAAGUAUUAAAUAAAAACUUCUACACUGACAGGUCAACAGGUCAAAGAGGAACUGAAAAUGAAAAUUGUGUGAAUUGUAUUUUAAUCGAAAACGUUCCCAAAAAUGCAAAUUAUAAAUGAUGGUUGAUAAAUAAUUUCAUUUAAUAUGAUUUUGACUACAGCAGAAUAAAGAAGCAGUACAUAUAAAGAGCAGUACAUUGAUUAUUAAAGAAAUACUGUUUAUAAAGUAGGGAUUGGGUGCAAGAAAACAUGCUGUAACUUCGUACUAAUGUAUGAUUCAUUUCAUUUCAGAUAUGAAUAAGUUUUAUGACUAUCUAGUUGCAGCUGUUGUUAGUUAAAUUUUAAUUGCCUAAUCAAACACAAAAUGUUAUUUUAUAUAAUUGUAUAAGAUUUCUUGAUGUUGAAUAAUUGGGUUGUCACUUUAAAUCUUUCUCUCUCGUUUUUGUAUUUUGUUUUUGUAAGAUUAAAUAAUCUUAUACAUUAUACAUUAACAUCUUUGAAAUAAACAAUACGGGUUUAUCAGCAUGGCCUUUUCACAGUGUCACUUGUGGAAACAGACUAGAGGUCAUCAACGUAUAUUGGUAGAUAUGGCAGACGUAAUUGGUUAACUUAAAAGAUAUGCAGGCUGCACUGACCGAUUUUUAAUCAGUUCACUGUCCCAUGUGUUAAAGGUCUUAACCUAAAUACAUUACUGCUUGUGUGGAAAGGCUACGACUAGGAUCAUAUUUCUGGAAAAAAUCAUUUCUAAAGCUUUGUUUUUUUGUAUAGUUAAGGAUUCUAGAUUUCUGAAAGGGUUUUACUUGGAACUGCUUCAAAAAGUAGAAAAAUGCCUCUGCUGUAGAGUUCAACACCACAACCUUUAAGCUUUCUCCCUGAGGGACAAAUCAGAGAACACUUUCAGGUGUUACAUGAAUCCCUUUUUUUUUGUUUUGCAGUGAUGCCUAAAUUUAAACUAAAUCAUUGGGUCACCAUGAGAAUCAGUGUCGCCAUAGUAACUCUGCUGCCUAUUUGCACAACAGUGCCAAACCACAGUCAGUGGCAAAGACAAAUUCUAGCUUCAACAGAAAUUCCUGCAGAACAUAUUGAUCCUGGUUCCAUUGACCUGACUCCAUUAAUAAACACACUCCUUAAUGCUUCACAUGCAGGUUCUGAGCAUUUGUUCUCUGUUCUGAGUGUGACAUCACACAGCUCUCUUGCACUGCACAAAAUCACCCUGCUGGUCUACAACAUCUCUAGUUUUCAGGACAUUGAGACCAGUAUGUUUCCCCUGAAAUACUGCUACUGUGUGACAAACAAAACCAAUGACCUCACAGAUUUCACAGCCAUAUUGCUGGAUGUGAUGGGGAACUCAACUAGCUACCUGCAGGAGCUGUUUAAAUCUAGCUCUAUUCUCUCAGUUAGCCAGAUGAGGAGCUCAGACUGUAUCUACAUCUGUGUAAUGGCUGGAAAAACAGACAGAGACCAGACCGAGCUGUGGGAUUCUGUUUCUCCACUGUUCAACCAGACCAUUAUAGAGCACACACACACAGGUCACAUGACAGCUGUACCUUCUGCUGUGUCACUGGCAACUGGGUGGAAUACUACUAAUACUACACCUACAUCAGUUCCCCCAGUAACAGUGCCUGUUAGUGUUCUCAUCCCAACAUCAGACACUGUUCCAACAGCAACUCAAACAUCACCAGCCAGAAGCACUGCAGUUCGACCUGGACCUUCAGCCACAACUACCACCCGACCUGCACACCCUACUGUUUCCAUGACAACCACAUCUACAAUUGAUCCAAUGCCGGCUGAUAAGCCAACAGAAAUAUUAACACCAAUUCCUGUGAAAACCGCUACAACAAAAACCAGUCCAGCUACCAGCAGAACCCCUCACAUGGACAAACCAGGUUGCCCAUGGCGAUCAGAGCUUAUCUAUAGAGGAAGUCAGAGAGCGGACCAGAAAGAAUCUCUGGAUGUGGACCUGAGUCCAACAAUCAGCACAAUAAAGCUGCAGCCAUGUGUAUUUGAGCUGUGCAAGUUUUUCUCCCAGUGCCUUUGCAGAGGAUUCAGCCAGAAAAUUAGUCUGCAGAGGUACUGCAUAGACAGUCAUUUUUGGUACGAAAAGCACACAGUGGAGGUCUGCAAUCGUGUCAAAAGAAUCGCCUUCUCCAAGAGUUUGAAGCAGAAGUGCCUGGAGAAGAUGUGUGUUUAAAUGUGAGAAGAGCAUGAUGUCCCUGCAAGACUGUUACCGAGCAACAGACCAAAUCCCUGAACUCUUUCACCUCUGAAAGAAAUGGAAUAUGAGAGAGAGAGAGAGAGAGAGAGAGAGAGAGAGAGAGAGAAAGAGAGAUGGUAUUGGAUGUCGUACAUUACCAUUAAA